AUGGAGGGUACUACUAUACACGAUAACUGUACGACGUUGUUGGGCGACGUAACAUUCCAGUUCGCAUCACUGCCAACAAUAGACACCAGCCUGUACGAUUUGUCUUCCGAAGAAGCUGCGUUCUUUAAGGCGGAAAUCGGCAUCGACGAUGACGAAGGCUUGAAGAGGCAUAUCCUGGAGGUGCAGGCGAAAGCAUACAAGAUUGCACCGUAUCCUUGUAUUCACGGAUUUGUCUUUCUUCGCCUCAACAUAUCGAGUUACCCCGUGUAUGAACACAUCCUAAAGCUUGGUCGUGAGCGCCCCGAUGCCGUGUUACUUGACCUUGGCUGUUGUUUCGGUGUUGAUGGCAGAAAGGCUGCGGCGGAUGGUUUUCCUGCGAAAAACAUCAUUGCUUCGGAUAUCAUCAAUGAAUUCCUCGAGCUUGGUCAUGAACUUUUCAGAACGACACCAACUUCUUACCCGGGAUGCCUCCUUCCCGGAGAUGUGUUCGAUCCAGAAUUUCUUUCCAUAGCUGCGCGUCAGAACAAUGUCUCUUCGGUCCCGGCUAUCGAUUUAUCCUCGUUGAAAUCCCUCAACCCCCUUCAUGGUCGCAUUAGCGCAAUCAGUGCUACAAGGCUUUUCCAUCUCUUCACUGAGGACAAACAAUUGCAUCUUGCCAGGGCUCUUGCGGGCCUAUUAUCUGCGCAGCCAGGUUCCGUUAUCUGCGGUUCUCAGAUUGGAAGUCUCGAAAAAGGCAUGGUUAGUGCCAACAUAUCGGGCAGUGUGCAUCAGCUGUACGCUCAUUCUCCCAAAACUUGGUCGUCUUUAUGGGAUGGAGAGGUAUUCGAGAAAGGCAGCGUCGAGGUAGAAACGGAAUUAUUGGAAGUCAUGAUUCACGAGGUGCAAUUCUUCAUGAUGAGGUGGUCAGUGGUGAGAUUGUAG